AUGGCCGACGACGACUCACGCAAAGGCUUCAUGGCCGUGGCCAACUUCAUAACCAAGAACCACCACGACACCUACGACUACAUCGACCCGCGCAAGGCUGACCUCUCAGGCAAGUCGGUCUUCAUCACGGGUGCCUCCAAGGGCGUCGGCCGCACGACCGCCCGCCGCUUCGCCAUGGCCGGCUGCUCCAAGAUCGCCAUCGGCGCGCGUUCGAGCCUGGCCGAGGUCGAGGCAGAGGUCAAGAAAGCCGCGGAAGACGCCGGCCGCCCGGCUCCGCAGGUCCUGUCCCUCAACCUCGACGUCACGUCCGAGGACUCGGUGCGCGCCGCCGCGCGGGCCACGGAGCGGGCUUUUGGCGGCGGCCUGGACGUGCUCGUCAACAACGCCGGCUACCUCGAGACGUGGCUACGCCUGGGCGAGACGGACCCCGGCGAGUGGUGGCGCUCGUGGGAGGUCAACAUCAAGGGCAGCUUCCUGUGCCUGCACUUCCUGCUGCCGCUGCUGCUACGCUCCGACACCAAGAUGGUCGUCAACCUGACGAGCGCGGGCGCGCACAACACCAACGUCGGCGCAUCGGCGUACCAGGGCUCCCGGUUCGCGUCGUGCCGCCUGACCGAGUUCGUCGAGAGCGACUACCGCGACGAGGGCGUCCUAGCCAUCGCGCUGCACCCGGGCGGCAUCAAGACGGAGCUGGCGACCAACAUGCCCGAGUACAUGCACGCUGUCCUGACCGACGAGCCCGAGAUGCCGGCGGACGUGAUGGUGUGGCUCGCCGCGACGAGGCCCGAGUGGCUGAACGGCAGGUUCAUCAGCGCGACGUGGGAUGUGCAGGAGCUGGAGGCUAAGAAGGAGGAGAUUGCUGCCAAGAACACAAUGUUGAAGUUCAGGAUGGUCACUUAA